AUGGUUUCGCAUGAUAUAAUUGAUAUGAUUACACUAACAGGAAAGGGACACUAUAGACAAAGAAUUGAAGUUUUUUUAAUAGCCGACCCUACCUUCACAAAGGAAGAAAAACAAAAAAUUAUGAAAAUAAUUGAUGCAUUCAGUUCAGCCCUCCCAGAUGAAAAAAUUGAAAAAGCAAUAAUAAAUGAAUGUGAAAAAUAUUUAAAUUCUACAUUAGUAUUUAAAAGAAUUUUAGGUUCCAUCCGACCAUCAUUUAUAGGUAAACUUUAA